AUGUCUGGCAUCUCGCAGCAGAACAUCAAACCCGUUGCAGCUUGGGACCAGGUCCCGGAAGCGAUCCGGGAAGAGGCCUCGCGCAUCCGCCUUUUCUGCUUCGCCUGGACUCCAUUUCGGCCAAGUGAUGAGGCCGUACUGCAAGAGGUGAGGACGCAGUUUUCCAAAUGUGAUGGGCAUGCAUUCUUCAGUGACCGUCAGCCUCAUGGUGAUAAGAGCGACAUCAUCAUUGUGGACGUUCCGGAGCAAAGAGUUCCACGAACUGAUGGGCAGUGGUUGUAUCAUCGAAAUAUGGUUGGCCUGAUGCCCACGUGGGCUCAUUUGUUGAAGACUGGGCUGGCAGAGGAGUACGACUGGAUACUGAAUGCGGAGUUGGAUCACUUCACGAGUCCGAGCAGAUGCCGCCUGGGCAUUGUCAGCUACCUGCACAACCUGCGGAGCGGAUCCAGCGGUGAGCAGCGGCUGGCUGGUGGCCCGCUGAUGCUGAUGUGGGGCAAUGCUUUUGUUUUCAACAAGAAGAUGGUCAUCAUGAUGAGGGAGCAGUGGAAGUUUCUCGGGAAGACGGAGAAAGAGAAAACAGUCGGCGUUGGCUGCCCCCAGUUCAUGCGCGGACGUCAGGAGUGGCCAGAACACUGUUCACAAGACAUCGUGUAUCCCAACAUGCUGGACGGAGUAAUGCGAGGGGACGCAGAGGCCAUCGGCCGUUCUGGCUGCGGUCAGCCGGAUGCCAUGAAUGGGCGAGGGGUCCUCUUCCAAUUGGGCUGCUGGGAAAUGCAGAAGAACCCAUUCGGCAUGUCGGAGGAAGGCGAAAUGGAUGCCAUCCGUGAAUUUGCCAUCGUCCAGGGAAUGAAGGACCAAAGAGAGGCACAAAAGCGAUAUGCGGGAACUGACCAGGUGCCUGCUGGAACAUUUACAUGUACAACAGCAUGCCAAAGCAAUCUGUGUAUGUCAGAAGCCGCAUGA